AUGAAUAAAUGUAUGACAACAGAAGAUGGUUUUUGUUCAAAAUGUGGAGCCAUUUUACCACUGCCUGUUGAUUCUAUGCAAUCAUACAUUACUUGCAUCUGUAAGUCAAGAAUUCCAUGUUCAGAGUUUAAUAAUAUGAUUGUAGCUAAAGCUGAUAUAAUACUAAAUGAAAUUAGAGGCAAAUCUACAAAGAAAAAGGCAAGGGAUGACAAAUCUUCUGGUCCUAAGUUAGAAAGACUAUGUGGACAUUGCGGGCAUAAUGAAAUGACAUACAAAACUCAACAAACUCGAUCAGCAGAUGAAGGAAUGACCAUAUUUUAUUAUUGCUUGAAAUGUGGAUCAUUAGAAAAGGAAGAUUCGUAG